AUGGAUUCCCUGAGGGAUAGCGACGAAGAGGAUGGCAUAGAAAAACCUCUUCCGUCUCAUGAAGCCUAUUUAUGUCAGGGCUUGAAACAGCUAUACCAGACCCAGCAGCUAUGCGAUGUCACCUUGGGCGUGGAAGGAAAGAGCUUUCCUUGCCACAGGAUGCUGUUGGCGUCAGUCAGUCCUUAUUUCAGAGAUAUGUUCCUCCAUUCUGAGUCACACAACGGGGAGAUCCAGCUUGAGGACAUCACUGCUUCCACACUCCAUUGCCUCCUGGACUAUCUCUACACAGAAGAGGUGACUCUCACUGCAGAUACUGCCCAGGACCUCUUUACUGCAGCUAGCAAGCUCCAGAUCCUUCCACUGAAAGAAACAGCUGGAAGGUUUCUUGAGAUGAACAUCUCCAUGAACAACUGCCUCAGCCUUUACAGCCUGGCUCAUCAGCACAACCACCAACCUUUGCUCGACGCAGCCUCGUGCUACAUCAAGGAACACUUUGUGCCCCUCGCUAAGCAGGAAGCCUUCCUGAACCUGGAACCCAAAGCUUUAAUCAGCCUCAUCUCCUCAGACAACCUGGAAGUACCCUCUGAGCUGAUCGUCUACCAGGCUGUGCGCAACUGGGUGGAGUCUGCGGCCUCCCUGCGCCUCCCGCUGUACAAGGAGCUCCUUGGACAUGUCCGCUUUUCACUCCUCACCCACGAAGAGCUCGUCGACGUCCAGGCGGACACCGCAGAGUACUACAAGCACGUGCGUCUGAAGUGGAAGGAGCUGGAUGGGGCAGGGAGGCUCCAAGCGAGUGGCGGGCUCAGGAAGGGCAUGUACAACGACUGCCUUGCUUGCCUGAAGGUCGACGAGAGCAGGACCCAGGAUGGAGAUGACCCAGAAUCUUACCUGUACUGUUUCGACCCCAACGCAGAGAAGUGGGAGACAUUGCCACCGCUGAAGUACCUGAGCUACUCUGGAUGCGCCUCCACAGGCUGCAAGCUUUACUUGUCCGGAGGUCAGAAGGCCGAUGGCUCUUUUGUUGACACUCUGCAUCAAUACGAUUCCUUGACCAGCCAAUGGACACAACUCCCAUCCAUGUUCACAGCCCGGGCCGUCCACCCCUUUCUGGCCUGUGACAAAAAGCUCUACGCUGUCGGAGGCUGCAACGAUACCGGCCCUCUCUCUUCUGCAGAGGCCUUCAGUGUCGAGCAGAAUGCCUGGGCCCCUAUCUCUAGCCUGCCCCUUGCCGUGAUGUACCCAGCUUCAACUGUGCUCAGGAAUAAGCUUUACCUUGUAGGGGGAAAAGCCUCCAGGAGCUACAAGGGGCUUCUGAUCUAUGACACAAAUGCUGACUGGUGGAAUGAGGUGCCCAUGGACUUUGCCUGCUACGGUGCAGCGGCUGUCUCGGUCAGUAACGGGAUAUAUGUUUUUGGUGGGUACACUGAGGAAAGGGGCAAUUUCCUGGUCCAGAGCGCCAUGGCCACUGAGGAGCUCCCCAACUGCACCAAAGGGAGCUUCUACCUCCUUGAGAAUGGCAGGGUGAGCUGGGAAGUCACUGUCCCAGAGCUACCGGUAGCCUUGGCUUUUUCUUGCGCAGUGGAAUGGCAAGGUAAGAUCUACCUGUUGGCGGGCAAGGACGAAAAUCGCUCCUAUAAUACAAUUUACAGCUGGGUUCCAGAGGACACAAGCUGGACCCGAUGCCCUGAGGAAAUCCCCACGACGGCUUCCCAGGUGAGAAUCUCCAGCAUCGCACCCCUGAAGAUGCCCAAAAAACCAAUCCAGCUCCUUCUGUUUGGCGCCGCACUGAGCCCAGCGGUGUCCGGGGUGGAUGAUGUCAAGAAGCAGCUGAGCUCCUCUUCCUCUCGAGAGGGCUGCAGCCUUAACUGCUGUUGGGGUGGAAGAUGA